CCGAUUUAUGAUUUGUGAAUCUUUUUGUCGCCAUUACUACGUUCUGCAACGAUUUGCGGAUAAAAUAAAGUUUUAUUUAUUUUAAAGUCUUUAAUUACUUGCAAAAUGUCAAAAGCACAUCCCCCGGAGUUAAAAAAAUAUAUGGACAAACGAAUGUUGCUAAAAUUGAAUGGUGGCCGGUCUGUUGCUGGAAUUCUGCGUGGUUUCGAUCCUUUCAUGAAUGUAGUGCUCGACGAAACGGUAGAAGAGUGCAAGGAUAGUACGCGCAAUAACAUUGGCAUGGUGGUAAUUAGAGGUAACAGCAUUGUCAUGGUAGAAGCGCUGGAUCGGGUAUAGUACGAUGAUGAAAGCUUAGCCAUUCCCCAUUUUAAUUUAUAUUUAUAACAAAUAAAAGUGAAAUUAAAUAUCUGGAAAA